GUUUCUGUGGAGACCAUUUGACCUUCGAACAGUAGGCUGGGGUGUUUUAAACGAUACAGAUUAUCCAGCAGCAGGCCAGUGUCCUGUGCGAGCAGUUGGCUCAGCGAGGCCUUCUGCUCUAGACUGCUUCCUGCAGCUGAAUUCAAGCAGGGCAGGAACCACCACUCGGUGGUCCGUUGGCCAGUUGCCGAUGUUCCAGCUGACAGCCACCCCAGCAAGUGCCCUUUCUGAUGAGCCCGUGCACAUCCGAGCGACAGGCCUGCCUCCGCUGCAGCUGGUGACCCUCACAGCAUCCCUGAAGGACGAGAGGGGCAAUGUGUUCCAGUCCAAAGCCUUCUUCAGGGCCAACGAGGCUGGUGAGCUGGACCUGAGGCAGGCCCCUUCCUGCGGAGGCGACUACGUGGGGGUCCAUCCCAUGGGCCUCUUCUGGUCUCUGAAGCCGGAGAAGCCUUUCCGGAGGCUGCUGAAGAGGGAUGUGAUGAACAGCCCCUUUUUGGUGACUCUGGACCUGUACGACUCGGUGUGCUUCCAAGACCCGGCCGAGCUCCAGCCCAGGGCCAGCCUGGUGGUGCAGCGCUGGUUCAGCCACCCGGGCAUGCAGCGGGUGCAGAUCCGGGAAGGCCGCGUGCGGGGAGCCCUUUUCCUUCCCCCAGGGGAAGGCCCUUUCCCAGGAGUCAUUGAUUUGUUUGGGGGGGUGGGGGGUUUAAUUGAGUUCCGAGCCAGUCUGUUGGCUUCCCAUGGCUUUGCAGUCCUGGCGGUGGCGUAUUUUGCCUAUGAAGACCUGCCCAACCUGCUGCAGGAGGUGGACCUGGAAUAUUUUGAAGAAGCUGCCAACUUGCUACUAGCUCAUCCCAAGAUCCAAGGGCCAGGAAUUGGGGUGCUUUCAGUGAGCAAAGGUGCAGAGAUCGGGCUGGCCAUGGCCUGCUUCCUGAAGCAGGUGGUAGCCACCAUCUGCAUCAAUGGGACCACUGGCGUCUUUGACUUUCCGAUCAGGUAUAAGGACCUGGUCAUGUCACCCAUCCCCUCGUUUCUGGAGCGCAUGCAGGUUGACGUCUCAGGGGCUGUGCGCCUGCUCCACUACAGGGGGGACCUGCGGGAUGAACUGAAUCAGCGGAGUGUGCUUCCUAUUGAAAAGGCCCAGGGUCAGAUCCUCUUUCUUAUAGGAGAGGAUGACCAAUCGAUCAAUAGCCGAGAGCAUGCUAAGCACGCCCUGGAGCGGCUGAAGAGGCACGGGAAGAGCAAUGGGAGGAUGCUGGCCUACCCUGGGGCAGGCCACCUCCUGGAGCCGCCCUAUGCACCCCUAUGCUACAUUUCCCGUGCUAACCCCGUUUCCACAUCCACUAAUAACACCGCUCUCGCUUCCUAUAAUUACCCCCUUUCCGCACCCGUGCUCUGGGGAGGGGACCCUGCUGCGCAUGCCGCAGCCCAGGAGCAUGCCUGGGGAGAGAUCCAGAAAUUCUUCAGGCAACACCUCACUAAAACCAGAAGCCAACUCUAAGCAAGGGCCGAGCGUGAGAUGCAGGAGGGAGACAAAAUCGAGGCUAAGG